AUGCGGUCUGUCUGCGCCGCCGGGAGUCGCGGUGCCUCCAGCUGCACGGACGACGAGCGUGACAAUUUACACCCGGAAGCGCCGACGUACCUGGGCCUCCCCCUGUCGGCUGAAAAGCUCCGGCUAGCGGCCUUCUCGCCCCUCAUCGCCAAGGUUGACAAGUACCUGUCUGGCUGGCGUGCUCUGCUGCUGUCGUCCGGCGGUCGCGUCGUUCUACUGAAUGCCGUGCUCGACGCCCUCCCCACCUUCGCCAUGGGCGCUCUGGAGCUCCCGCCUGGCAUCCUGGCUGCCCUGGACAGGCUGCGUCGUGCCUUCCUCUGGGCGGGCUCCGACAAAGUGUCUGGCGCCCAAUGCCUGGUGGCGUGGGACUUCGUCUGUCGUGCCAAGACCGAGGGUGGCCUGGGCGUUCGCUCGCUCGCCGAUCAGAACAAAUGCCUGCUGUUGAAGCUGCUCCACCGCCUCCACUCCGCCGUCGGGGAAUCUUGGCCUCGCUGGGUCUGGGCGAGCCUCAAUGGCGCGCCGCUUGACGCCGUCGAAGGGGCUGGUGCGCUCUGUGGCUCUCACUGGAGCUCCCUCCUCCGGCUCCUCCCUCUUUAUCGAGACAUAUCCAGAGUUGCAGUCGGAGACGGCGCCCGCACCUCCUUCUGGCUGGACUCCUGGCUCCCCAUCGGUCCCCUGCUGUCGGCCAUGGCGGAGCUCUACUCCCACUGCGUCUCCCCCGCCGCCACGGUGCAGCAGGUGAUCCACGCCGGCCUCGACAGCCUGCUGGUCCGUCGCCUGUCCUCCUCUACCUCCAGGCAACGGGACACGCUCCUUGACCUCCUCCGUGGUGUGCGCCUCGGCUCAACUCCAGACCGGCGCUCUCUCCCCCUCUGUGGUAAAAAAGACGGCGGGAUCCGCACCUCCGAUGUGUACGGGCUGUGCACCAUGGGCGGCGUUCAGGAUGAGCACUACGCUCUCGUCUGGCGAAACUGGGCCCCUUCACGUGUCCGUUUCUUCGCCUGGCUCCUGGUGCGCGGCCGCAUACAGUGUCGCGCCAACCUCCUCCACAAAGGGAUCAUCGACCUCGCAGCCAGCAGUUGUCCCCUCUGCAAUGGCGCUGAGGAAACUCCUGCCCACAUCAUGUUGGGGUGCCCCUUCGCCCGCCGUUUCUGGUGCUCCAUUGGCGCCACCUGUGACGAGACCUGGCCUGUUGGAGUUGCUGCUUCCUGCGCGCUGCCUGCGUCUGCGCCUCACGCGACGUCCUCCACCCUCCGCCUCCUGUGCUUCUGGCACCUGUGGAAGCACCGAAAUGGCGUGGUUUUCCAGGGGCUCCCUCCCUCCCUUCCGCUGCUCCGUAAGAACUGCCGCGAUGACGCCGUCUUGUGGCGUGCGAGACUCCCUGCUGAGCUCCGGGGCGAUGUCGACCUGUGGCUCACCUAUUUCCUCCCCGAGCGACCAUGA